UAAUCUCCACACAAAUUAGUUCAUCUCCCCGCCACCAAACCCCCUCCUUCCCUUCUUCAUAAAAAGCCUAAGAGCAAGCAGAUCAUUCUAAAACCACUCCUCUGGAAAAAGAAGAAGAUGGGAACGGUUGCAGAAACAAGCAGAUUGAAGGAGCGAGAGGGCGCCGAGAUCGUCCGAGGAGCCGAAGCCUGCUACGAAAACUCCAUGGCUCUGCUGGAGGAACUAGGGUUUCCUAGGGGGGUGAUGCCUCUCAAAAACCUCGAAGAGUGCGGCCGGGUUAGGGCUACCGGGUUCGUGUGGAUGAAACAGAAAGCUCCUUACGAACAUUUCUUCAAGAAUACUAAUACUAGGGUGAGCUAUGCACAGGAAGUCACCGCUUAUAUCGAGAAAGGGAAGAUGAAGAAAAUGAGCGGCGUGAAGAGCAAGCAGAUGUUGAUAUGGGUGCCGCUUGUUGAGAUGAGCCGCAGCGAAGAUGGGAAGAGAAUAUAUUUUAAGAGUAAUGUGGGAAUCGGAAGGUCGUAUCCAGCUUCUGCGUUCGAGGAAGAAGAAGAAGAUAAAGAAAGCAAGUAGAUUGAAGAGAUCCAUGUGUGUGUUUGCCUUCAUUCAAUAAGAACAGUCCAGUCUCUUCUUUAUUUUUAGGGCUUUGAAUAUUCCUGAUUCAAAUUUGGUAAAGAUUUGUUCUUGGCCAUUGGAUCUUGUUUUGAGAUUAGCGCAAGUAAAAUCAAUAUUGUAUUGCAUCGAUCUGGAAAGCAAAAUCCAUGGCCAAGAAAAAUCUGUUAUUGUUAAAUUUGGGUAGAGGGAUAUUCUGAGCUAAAA